ACCUCGACCACAACACCCACAAACCCCUCACUCACCAUGGCGCCCGCAGUGACAAUCGACAACACACCCGACUUCGGAAUGGACUUCAACCCACCACCGGCCAAGUCCACCGCCGCUCAACGAACCCUCCUCCUCGCCCCACCAUCCGUCGCCUCUCACCCCUCCGCUCUCACACAAGUCGCCGAAGCCUACGACCGCAAUGCGACAGACAUUCAAAUGCUCGACCGUCUGGCUCUCGGUCUCGUCUCCCUUCCCGCCACCACAUAUGACGUCGUGCUCGUGCUAUCGGACGUCGACCAAGCACAACCCUCACAAUCACUCUCCCGCGAGGUCAUAGAGAGGAUAUCUCAAUCUCUCAAACCCGGUGGUAGACUAAAGGCACAGUCUGGAAGUACGUUUGGAAAAGCAGAGCAGACGGAGGCGAUUUUGGCGGGACUAGUGGCGGACGGCGCGGAGAUCACAAAGCCUGCUGCUGCGGCGGCACAGACGGUCAAGUUGAGUUUUGGACGGAAGAAGGCGAAUGCGGCGGCGGUGCCCGCGAAUGAUGUCGAGGCGGCGAAUACGGCGAAGAGGAAGAGUGAGGACAUCUCUACGAAUGUCGUGCAGGCUACACCGGCGGGUGUGGGAUUCAUCAAUAAUGUGGACGACUUGGAUGACGACUAUGAAGAUGACGAGGAUGAAUUUCCGAGCGACGAGGCAUUGCAGAAUGCUGCGAGGAUCGAUCCGGAGAGUCUGCUGUCGGAGGAAGACAGGCAGAAACCGCUCAUCAUUCCUGAAGCCUGCAAACCCAACACCAAACGCCGCCGCGCCUGCAAAGACUGCACCUGCGGUCUGGCGCAACGCAUCGAAGCCGAAGACAAAGCGACUCGACUCGCCGCCGACGCGAAUCUCGCCAAAUUGCAGCUCAACGAGCCCUCCAAAUCGUCCAAUGCGGCCAUGCUGCAGGCGGACGACUUGACCGAGGUAGAUUUCACGGUGCAAGGAAAAGUGGGAUCGUGCGGGAAUUGUGCGCUGGGAGAUGCGUUUCGGUGUGAUGGGUGUCCGUAUAUUGGACUGCCGGCGUUCAAGCCGGGAGAGCAGGUGACGUUGUUGAAUAAUGAUGUGCAGCUUUAGAUUGGAUGGGUGGUGGGACUGAUUCUGGCAACGAGGCAUGUGGGUGGAGUUUUACAUGGUUAGAUGAGGCAUACGGGAUCCUGUUCGGAGAGGCAUCUUGCAGCUAGUCGGGAAUUGCUGGUAUAUGAAGCAUGUCGAGACCGUGUGCAACCUUCGAAGCACGAGAAGUCCUCUGCACAUCCUUACUGUCCA